AUGGGCCAGCUGCCCACCUUGCUUUGGGCUGAGCCGCUGCCCCUGCCGGACAGCGCAGCUGCAGCCCCGGUUUUGCAGCCGACCUUUCCUCUGCACAAGCUGCUGCUGUGCUUGCGAUGGCUGCCGUCGAGCUCACUGCUGGCAGCAGAGCUUUGCUGUCGCGAGCUCAGGGACCUUGUCCUCCAGCGCGGCUUCCUCCCCGACCUCUGCCUGAACGAGGAAGAGUUCUUGGGCAGCUGUGAAGGCGUGGUGUCAUGGCUCGAAGAGCGGGCCUCCCGUGCAGGCUGCCAGAAACUGAGAUAUUUGGAGACUCUGAGCCUGAGGGCGAUGCCGACGCUCACAGAGUCCCACGUCCACCGACUCCUCAAGAUUUGCCCCGGACUGAAGUAUCUCGAUCUUUCAGACAAUGAGGAGACACUGAUGCCGCAGGUCAUGGAUCUACUGCGGGAGGCAGCUCCCCCGCUGGAAGCACUGGUUCUCCCAACGCUGCGUGCGUCACACUUUCGUGCCGUGAGCACGCUGGUCAAAUUUCCCGAGUUGAAAGUCUUGGACCUUCCGUUGCAUCAUCAGCCGGUCACUUCGGCCAUCAUCCAGUCUUCCAGGCUUCGGUCGCUGCGGCUCACCAGCACCCUUCAGGAUGAUCUCUUGAAGCUGCUCGCAGAGGGCGGCCUGCCCCAACUGGAGGAUGUCUGGCUCCUUCGCUGUCCUGGGCCAGUUCUGGCAGAGGCUGCGAAGCGCUGCCCCCUGAAGAGCAUCGGAAUCGCUGUGGAGCCCCCAUGCGAUUUCGAGUCUCUGACACGAAUCAUCGAGGCCAGUGGAAGCAGGCUCCAGUUCCUCAACAUCCCUUCCAGGCUUCAAGCGGGACAAGCCAGCCGAAACAUCGGCGAUUUGCUGGCCGAGCUCUGCCCUGAACUUCAAGGCCUCUGCAUGCACACAGCCACCCUCCCGCUGACAACGGCUGGACUAUCGCAGCUGCUGCAUAGUUGUACGAAGCUGCACAGAGUAUCGCUUUCACAUGUGCAGGGAAGCUGCCGCUUGGAUGCAAGGGUGGCGUCUUGGACCAAUUGUUCAAGCAAGCAUGGUCAAGUCAUGUACAGUGAUAGGCAGCAUGCUCUAUGCGGCCACGACGGCGCAGUCACGACCAUGUUUGCGGGUGGUGGCAGUGGUGGUGGUCGCGGUGGUGGUGGUCGUCACUCUUCCCACCCUCCCCAGCAAAACGACCAGCCUUCAAGUUCAUUUUCCAGCAGAGGCCUCGGUUCCGGUGCACCGGCGCCGGUGGGGCCGAAAAGGUUGGCAUUGGCUUCCUGCGAGCGACUUGGACUUCUUUUUGGUUCCUUUUUCUUUUCCACGGGUGCCGGGGACUGCUGUUUUGCCAUCAGAGUUGCUUUUCGUUGCUUUUGGUCCAGGUGGCAUUUAAAUGAGCUUUGUAGCUCGAUGCGACUUGAUGACUUCCGCCAUUUUCUGACAAGAAGAGUUCACCGCAAAGGUUCAGUCUGA